AUGUCUCAAAGAAACAUAUUCUCUCGGGCUGUCAUGAUUGUUGGUUCAACAGAAAAUGAAUUUUUCUUGAAUGGAUUUAAGUAUUUUUAUCAAAUGCUUAGUUAUGGAGUCUUGCCUGAUACUUUUGCGUAUUCUGCAAUUAUACAGACAUCUAUUGGUUUAGAAUGUAUUGAAUUGGGUAGAAUGGUGCAUGCCCAGAUUGUUAUAAGAGGUUUUCACUCUCUUACUUUUGUUGCUACAUCUCUUCUUAACAUGUAUGCAAAGUUGAGGAGUAUUGAGGACUCGGCGAAUACGUAUACAAUCAUUAGUCUUUCAAAAGGUGUAGGGCGGUUAGGUGAUAUUGACAAGGGCAAACAAGUUCAGUCUGUUGCUGUCGAGUUGGGUAUGGAGUCUGAUGUGCAAGUGGGGACAACUCUUAUUGAUUUGUACUCAAAAUGUGCAUUCCUGCAGGAAGCAAGAGCCUUUUUCAACUCAAAUAUUGUUAAUUUUCAGGUGAACAUGUCAUGGAAUGUGAUGAUUUCCGGUUAUUCACAAAAUGGGUGUAGCCAAGAGGCUUUAGAACUCUAUUUUGGAAAGGAAGUUCAUGGGAUGGUUUUGAAGUCUGGAUGUGAUAUGAUGGUUAUUAGUAGUUGUAAUGCAAUUGCUGAUGCAUAUGCCAAAUGUGGAGCUCUUGAACAUUUAAAAAAGAUUUUUAACAGGAUGGAGGAGAGAGAUAUGGUGUCAUGGACCACCCUGGUGACUGCACACUCUCAAUGCUCGGAGUGGGAGGAAGCCCUGGCUAUUUUUUCACAGAUUACGGAAGAAGGCCUUAGAUCUAACCAAUUUACCUUUUCCAGUGUCCUGAGUCUACUAGUGGACAUGGUUGCAAAAUGUGGUAGUGUAAGUGAGGCAGAGAAGGUCUUUAAAAGGAUUUUUAACCCCGACACUGUGUCAUGGACAACUAUGAUAUUGGGUGAUGCUGAUAGGAACCUGAAGAGCGAGACGUCCGAACUAUUAGGCUCCCACUGUCCACAGUGCAACAGGAGCCGAAACCUCCAUGGAGGAUUGGUUGAGCAAGGAUUAAAAUAUUUUCAAGAAAUGGAACAAAAUUAUGGUGUGGUUCCAGAGAUCGAAUAUUAUGCUUGUAUUGUUGAUCUAUUUGGUCGUUUGAAUGAUGCAAUGGAGUUUAUAAGAAAGAUGCCAAUUGAACCCAGCGAAAUGGUUUGGCAGACCUUGCUGGGAACAUGCAGAGUACAUGAGCUGGGUGAAAUUGCCGCAUAG